AUGCACAUUUUUCCGCAGUUGCGGAAACUGGAGCGCAAGUACGCCAGCGAGCUGGUGGUGGUGGGAGUCCACUCGGCCAAGUUCCCCACCGAAAAGGAGACCGACAGCCUGAUCUCCGCGGUGCGACGCUGUGAGCUGGAACACCCAGUCAUCAACGACGCUGAGUUUCAGCACGAAGGAGAGAUGACUUUUGAGCAGUUCGACACCCUGCUUGGCGGCAUGGUCGCAGAGUUCGAUGAAAUGGGGAUCAUGCAGCGAUCGCCGCUUCCGACCACUCCGCCCCGCAGCCCGGAGAACGCUCUCAGCUUCCCCGGAAAGGUGCUUGCCGACGAAGCCGGGGGACGGCUCUUCAUCGCGGACACCAACCACAACCGCAUAGUCGUCUCCUCAUUUGACGGGGACGUGAAGCAAGUGAUCGGAACUGGAGAGGAAGCCCUGAUCGACGGCUCCCUGUCGCAGUCCGCGUUCAACCACCCGCAGGGGAUGGUCAUCGACGGCGACGUGCUGUAUGUCGCAGACACCGAGAACCACGCCAUCCGCCGCGUUGACCUGCAGGCUGGCCGGGUGGAGACCAUUGCCGGUACCGGCGAGCAGGGUUACGAGCGCGAGGGGCGCCGGCCGGCCCGUUCCUACAGCCUGAGCUCACCGUGGGACGUUGUCCUGCAUGAUGGUGUGCUAUACAUCGCCAUGGCCGGCAUCCACCAGUUGUGGUCGCUGGAACUGGAGACUGGCGAGGUCGGCCCCUACGCCGGCAGCGGACGGGAGGCUAUCACCGAUGGCCCGCUGGCGACAUCUGGCCUGGCGCAGCCCAGCGGCAUCACUACGGACGGCGACCGGCUGUUCUUCGCUGACAGUGAGACGAGCGCGAUACGCAACUGCGACUUGAAUUCCAGUGGCUCAGUGCGCACCCUGAUCGGCCUGGGCCUGUUCGAGUUCGGCGACGUUGAUGGCGACGAUUUCCGUGUGCGGAUGCAGCAUCCCAUCGGAAUCACCCACCACGACGGCGUGCUGUAUGUGGCUGACACCUACAACCACAAGAUAAAGCGAGUGCUGCCCAAGACCCGAGCGGCGUUCACGGUGGCGGGCACUGGCACCCCGGGGUACGUGGACGGCCCAUUCGGGCAGGCGAGGUUCGCAGAACCCUGCGGGCUCAGCAUCGCCAACGGCAAGAUGUACAUUGCUGACACCAACAACCACGCCAUCCGCGUCGCCGACAUGGAGACCAACGAGGUGGCGACGCUGGAAUUGACCGGGCUGUAA